CGGGGCCGAUGGCUCCUCCCGAGGCCCGCAGCCCGGGGGGCGCAGGGUAGAGCCUCGCGGCCCGGCCACCCAGCCCCGGGACGCCCGGGCCCUCCCGGAGCCCCGCGGAGUCCCCGCCGUCCGGCAGGCGGGCUCAGGGAGCGAGUGGGAGCGCCCUCCCCCCGCCGCCCCAUCCCCCGAGCGUCGAGACAAGAUGCUGCCCGGGCUCGGGCGCCUGCUGCAAGGUCCCGCCUCGGCCGGCCUCCUGCUGAUGCUCCUGGCCCUGCCCCCCGCGGCCCCCAGCUGCCCCGCGCUCUGCACCUGCUACUCGUCCCCGCCCACCGUCAGCUGCCAGGCCAACAACUUCUCCUCGGUGCCGCCCUCCCUGCCUCCCGGCACGCAGCGACUCUUCCUGCAGAACAACCUCAUCCGCACGCUGCGGCCCGGCACCUUCGGGCCCAACCUGCUCACCCUGUGGCUCUUCUCCAACAACCUCUCCGCCAUCUACCCGGGCACCUUCCGUCACCUGCAGGCCCUGGAGGAGCUGGACCUGGGCGACAACCGGCACCUGCGCUCUCUGGAGCCCGACACCUUCCAGGGCCUGGAGAGGCUGCAGUCGCUGCAUCUGUACCGCUGCCAGCUCAGCAGCCUGCCCGCCAACGUCUUCCGCGGCCUGGUCAGCCUCCAGUACCUCUACCUCCAGGAGAACAGCCUGCUCCACCUCCAGGAUGACCUGUUCGCGGACCUGGCCAACCUGAGCCACCUCUUCCUGCACGGGAACCGCCUGCGGCUGCUCACGGAGCACGUGUUCCGUGGCCUGGGCAGCCUGGACCGGCUGCUGCUGCACGGGAACCGGCUGCAGGGCGUGCACCGCGCGGCCUUCCGCGGCCUGAGCCGCCUCACCAUCCUCUACCUGUUCAACAACAGCCUGGCCUCGCUGCCCGGCGAGGCGCUCGCCGACCUGCCCGCGCUCGAGUUCCUGCGGCUCAACGCCAACCCCUGGGCGUGCGACUGCCGCGCGCGGCCGCUCUGGGCCUGGUUCCAGCGCGCGCGCGUGUCCAGCUCCGACGUGACCUGCGCCACCCCGCCCGAGCGCCAGGGCCGCGACCUGCGCGCGCUCCGCGACGCCGACUUCCAGGCGUGCCCGCCCGCGGCGCCCACGCGGCCCGGCAGCCGCGCCCGCGGCAACAGCUCGUCCAACCACCUGUACGGCGUGGCCGAGGCCGGGGCGCCCCCUGCCGACCCCUCCACCCUCUACCGAGACCUGCCCGCCGAGGACCCGCGGGGGCGCCAGGGCGGGGACGCGCCCACGGAGGACGACUACUGGGGGGGCUACGGGGGCGAGGACCAGCGGGGGGAGCAGACGUGCCCGGGCGCUGCCUGCCAGGCGCCCCCGGACUCCCGCGGCCCCGCGCUCUCGGCCGGGCUGCCCACCCCUCUGCUCUGCCUCCUGCUGCUGGCGCCCCACCACCUCUGACUGCGGUGCUGAGACUGAAGAGGCCAUUGUGUCCCCCGCCCCCAACCCCGGCCUUGCUGCCUUCCGGGCCCCUCCCCCGCCCCUCCCCACUUCCCCCGGGGACCUGGCCUGGCCAGGCCUCUCCCUGCCCUCCGGGGCUGUUGGCUCAGGGCGACCCCCGGAAGACCGGACGCGUCUGGUGGCUCAGCCCUAUGCUCCCCAACUCCGGCCAUUAACUCUUCCCCGCCCCAAGGCUGCGGUGGGCCCCCCAGGCAGCCGCUGACCCCCUCUCCCAGUGCCCACCGUGGACUCGAGAGCGGCUUUCGUCUGCAGAGCACCUUCCACCAGCAGAGCCUUUGGAAGCUCCCGGGGAGGGACCCCCACCCAGGAGCCCUUUGGAGGGAUGCCCCAGGUGGGGCCCUGCUCAUCCUAGCCCCCCUCCACCUCCCGACACCGGAGGAAUACUUUUCUCCUGAGUCUACCCGGGACAUUUUUUAGGCUGCCCGGAGAGAACUUUCCUCUCCAGCGUGGCCCCCGUGUGGUGAAGAUCAACAGAAGUUGUUUGGGAAAAAAA